GGAAAAAACGCAGGAAGCAGAGGGCCGCAAAGGCUGCUGCUGCAGGCGGCGAGAAAGCUGCUGGCCCAGCUGCAGGUGCGGCCGCCAAGCCCGCGGAGGCCGCCCCGGCCGCGGCGGCCCCAGAAGACGCGGAGACGGCGCAGGCCAAGAAGCAGGUGUUGGCCAAGCUAACCGACAUCAAGAACGUGGAGCCGAAGGAGCUUCCCAAUAGAGAUCUCCGACCGCAGCCUAUGGAUGGGGGAUGUAGGGCUCAACUCCACCACCGCAGCAUACUCAUGUUCAGCACGUCGGAAUCGUGCCCUGUGAUCUAGAGGAGUGGUGUAUAGAUCUUGAGAUGUGGCCGCCCCUGCCGGCGGGAGCCGACACAGUUUCA